GUUAUUUUCCUCCAAGGACGUCGCUGUACUAGUUUGUCAAGGCAACCGGGCGCUGUGGGUGCGUCAUCGACCAGCGACGAGUGAAGAGGGACGGCACGAGACCCGCGAAGGACGUGACGCAAUAAAUGAGCGCCUCUGAGAACGCGAGUGGGGAGCAAGUUGAGACCAUGGCCUCUCGGCGCCUCCUGUUGGUUGGGGAGGGGAAUUUCUCCUUCGCCGCCGCUCUGAGCGAGACCCUGGACGCGAGCACUAGUCUAACCGCCACCUGCCUCCAGCGCCGGGCGGAUUUAGCCCAGGACCCAGUGGCCCAGAAGAAUCUGCAGCGCCUGCGCGAGCGAGGUACCAGGAUACAUUUUGGUGUGGACUGCACCCAGCUGGCAGAUGCCUUUGACCUGCACGACAGGGAGUUUGAUCGAAUUUGUUUUAACUUUCCGCACUGUGGACGCAAAACUGGAGUAGCUAGGAACAGGGAACUGCUUGCUAAAUUUUUCCAGAGCUGUGCAGAUGUUCUUACAGAUGAAGGAGAAGUCCAUGUGGCAUUGUGUAGAGGACAAGGUGGGACUCCUGCUGAUAAUCCCACAAGAGAAUGGCACAACAGUUGGCAAGUGGUUGCCAUGGCAGCUCUGGGGGGAUUCAUUUUAAGUGACGUGCACCCCUUCAGCUGCGAGGCUAUGCCAGGGUACAAGUGCACUGGAUAUAGGAGUCAAGAUAAAUCCUUUCAUGUAGAAGGUGCUUUGAACCAUAUCUUCACCCGGAGCUUACCCUUUGAAGGUUCGCAACCGAGAACCUUUAGGAUCAGAUUGGGUGACCAGUGGUUUUCCUUUCCAGAACCAGAAGCACUUGCAGGAAAGUUAAACAGGGGUUUUCUAGAAGCAUCUUCAUGUCAUCCUAUCAAAACCAUAAAUGAGAAACUGAUUGCUGAAUUGGGCAAAGCUUUCCCUCUAAUAAGGCUGAAGUGUUCCUUCCCUUUGCUGCCACAGGGAGGCACCAAUGUUCUCACUUCCUGGAAUUGUGACAUUCUAUCAGACGCCUUUUGGAUUAAACUCCUUGAGGAUAACUCAAAUUCUGAGUCCUUGACUGGUGGGACAACACAAGAAAUGGAGGACUUUCUAGUGUCACUUUCAGAAUUUAGCCUUCCCAAGAACCUUGAAAGAAAUGGUAAGGAAGAAGCUCAUGAAGGAAUCUAUGGCCAAGCCAAGGUCUGUCUUAGACCUUCUCUCCUAGUUCAUGCUCAGGCUGUCAUCGAAAGACCAGACUUCCUCCCGGGUUCUCUGCACAUCCUCAGUGGACCUGUCUUUCGGAAGUGCCUUGUCUUGCCUUUCACAAUGCCAGUAUUUCAUGAAACUUUAUUUAUCCUUGGAUUUAAUCAAAAUUUGAAGGAUGGCUGUCUUCAGUCACUACUGGACCAACUGAAGGGCAUUCUAGAUAGCCUUCUGACCAAGACAUUUCUGGAGGGGUCUAAACUGAGCAGUUCAGUGGAAUGUGUCUUUCAACCAAAUGGGAAAGAUUAUAUGAUUAAUGUGAAGUCUCAUAAUUUUGGCCCAGAUUGUGCCAAGGAUCUGACUAUUGGGUCUGUCACAUCUACUACAAGCAUUAUACACAAAAACCAGUGUUUUGUGUUUGUAUGUAUGAACUUGGACCUAUUAGCCAUGCUUGUCUGGGGUAUCUCUGACUGGAGGAUAUUAUGGACCUUUGAUAACCGUUUCUUGAAGAAUUUUGUCCCUGGGAAAAUAGAACCCUUUAAAAGCUAUUGUAUAUAUCCUCCAUGCUAUGUGCAUGAUAUUAGUUUUUGGUUAGAUGAGAAAAAAGGAUUCGAUGAGCUAGAGUUUCACACUGUGGCCCGAGCAGUGUCCCAGGACACUGUCAUAUCCAUACAAUCCCUUAGUCGUUUUCAGCAUCCUAAGACCAAACAAGUCAGUCUCUGUUAUAGAUUGACCUACCAGACCUGUGACAAGGCCCUUACCCAGCAGCAGGUAGCAUCAAUGCAGUUCCAGUUCAGGAAAGAGAUUCAACAACGACUACAUGUGACACCUCGGUAGUUUAGUAAAUUCAUUUCUACAGUGUGAUUCUCAUGAGUGUGAGAUGAAGAAGACCAAUUUGUACCUGGGAGACCUUUCUGGACUGUUUUUUUUUUUAUUGGUAAAAUCUUACCUUGUCACUGUAGCCACCAUUGGUGACUCUAAAGAUACCUGCGACUCAUCACUUACAGACUAUAAUGUGACCCUCAGAGUUGUGCAGUAUUUUGAUCCUGAGUAAUGAGGAGAAAAACAAACAAACAUAAAACAAAACAUCGUCUUAUACUUUAGAUGCUCUAUUGCUGAAGAGGCAGGAGAACUUAAAUAUCUCGUCAAAUAUAUAUUAAAAUAUAUUUUCCACACUGUCAAUGCCUUUUCCUUUAGCUCUAUAAUAUCAUCUCACUAAAUCAAUUUAUGAGAGUGGUUUUUAGAGUCAGGCCAACAUUUAUUAGCUUGGGUAAGUCACAAGUGCUCCAUAAUUAGUUUUGGUAUCAUUUUUAUUUUGUGGUUGACUACUGUUAAAGUCACAGAACUAAUGAGUGUCAGAUUUAGAGUUUCUACUUUCCUCUAACUCUACAACCAUGUUCUUCCUGCCACUUUGUUACCUUACUUCUCCUUCUCUAGUCGUCUUCAACAGUAAUCUCUCAACUGUGAUUUACUCAAAGUUUGUCCCCCUAGAUUUUAGGGGCUUCUGCUGUAAGCAUCUCUAAGGGAAACUGUGAGAUUGGCUCUGCCCAGGACUCUGAAGAAUGGGGUACUCUAAUGUGAAUUAGUGUAUGUUCUUGUUAAUUAAUAGGCUCCACUGAUUGGAAUUAUAUUGUAAACUUGUGAAGGAAA